CAUGUUCACAGCCUUUAUCAGUUGAAAUCAAUAGAAACACGGCUGCUCGCUCUGAAGUCGUUCCUACAUUCUUCGCAAAGUCUCUUACCACUACUACCAUAUCGCAAAAGCUAAACAAAGCGAUCGACGCCAGGCUCACGUUAAGCUCCCUCGGAGCAGAUCAUUCACCAAGCCUCGCCUCUUUGCAUUUGCCCUGAAAAUCUUCCCCUCAUCAUCGCAUCCUUCGUCUGUCGCAUUCUGACGCUUUGAUAGCCUCGAGUCUUUGUCCAUUGCAUACCCGCAUCACUCCCACUACAACACGCUACACAAUCGCAUACUACCGUCAAAAUGGUUUCACGAGCAUUGUCCAUGGGCCUUCGCGGCUGGCAGUUGCUCUGCGCCGUCAUUGUCACCGCGUUGAUGGGUAACAACAUUCAUCGCGCAACAAACGGCACGACUUCGAUUGUCAACUACUCUUUCUUCGUCGGCCUCUGGUGGCUAGUCACCCUGCUGUACUUCCUGCCUACCUCUUUCAUCGAGAAGUUCAGCAUCCCCGUUGUGGACAUCGCCAUGGACAGCCUCAGCGUUCUCUUCGGCUUCUGCGCUGCCGUUGCGAUGCCCGCAUAUCUCGGCGCACACAGCUGCUCCAAUAGCGCAUACACUAUUACCAACAAGGUCACGAACAGCUCGCACAACACCGAGAAGAACUGCCGUCAAGCUCAGGCCACAACCGUCUUCUUAUGGUUCGGAUGGGCCGCUUUCGUCGCGUCGCUCGUCUUCUCCUUUAUGAGCGGGCGCGGCUCCGGUGCCAACCUACGCGGUAUGCGCCGCGGUGGUCCUUCCAUGAGUCAGGUCUAGGAUGCCUGUAAUGUGUACUCGGAUUCGUCGUGGAACACGCGAUCGGACUGCAGCGACGUGUAAACGCGUCCGGAACAACGCGGAUACUUCUCACGACGAUGAAAUUUGGGAACUUGUACGAUCUGGAUGAUGGAUGAUACAUCGUGCUGGUUGCCAUGAUGCUGGAUGGGAUUGGAUGGGAUUGGAAUGGGAAUACCCGCAUACAUCAGAUAUGGCUUAUGGCGUUUUUGCAAUGAUCUUUAGCGCCUGUAGGAAUACCAUAGCUAAUAUGAUAC